AUGCCGCCCGGGUCUGACCGGAAGACCGGCGGAUCCAAACGGAGCUGCAUUCGGUGCAACCAAAGAAAGGUGGGCUGUGAUAAGAAGAGUCCCUGCGGUCGAUGCGCCAAGGCUGGCCUCGAAUGCAUCCAUCCUGGAGAAAAACGCGCCCCACGCAAGCUGAGACGCCCGCCAGUUGCUGAGAUCUUGGCCCACCUCAAGGAAUUGGAGGCCGAAGUUGAGAGGUUGCGCUCGGGCGCGAGGCCAAAAGAGCAGUCGGAUCAAACCUCCCAGCCUGGCACUGAGUCUGGCUCUCGGAGCGACAGAGAGGAACUGGCUACGACUUCUCGCGGUCGGCUGGUCGUUCAGGGCGGACGGACCCGGUAUGUUGGGGAUGAGGCCUCGGUAAUUCUUGGGGAUAAGGUGUGUGAUGAAUCCUCGGAGGAGGACAUUGACCCUCGACUGCGGCCCAGCAAAACCGGCCCAGCCCCUGUACCGUCCAUAGGAAUUUUGGGGUCCGAUCACGCAGCAGCAGGCCGUAGUCCGAGCGCGUCGAUGACGCCUCUGCCAGUAUCCCAGUUACAGGCCCUGUGGGAGAUCUACCGCGUGAACGUAGCUCCUAUGAUUGCCCUUCUGCAUAUACGCUCGAUGGAGGCCAUGAUACAGCAAGCGACACAGGACAACGACAAUCUAGAUUCCGAACAAGGAGCGCUGAUCUCGGCUGUGUGCUUCGCAGCCGUGGUGAGCAUGACCCCACGUCAGUGCAUCUCACUAUUCGACGAACCUCAUGAUGCGUGCAUCGAGAACUACAAACGUGCCACGGAGCACGCCAUAGCAAGGGCGAACCUGAUCAGCACCCAGGACAUACGCGUCUUGCAGGCCGCCACCUUAUUUCUCCUAUGUCUCCGCCGAGGCAGCGACUUGAGGCUUGUAUGGGCGCAAAGUGCCAUAGUCGUACGGGUUGCACAGCGGCAGGGGCUGCAUCGUGAUGGCCAACGCCUGGGCCUGAGUCCCUUUGAGAUUGAGAUGCGUCGUCGACUAUGGUGGCAUAUCUGCAUUCUCGACAUGCUCUGCUCCGAAGACCAGGGCACGGAUACACAGAUUCGGCCGGAGAUGUUCGACACGCAAAUCCCCUCCAACAUCGACAUCGAGGUGAUGGCGCCGGAGUCAGCCACCAUGCCGCUCCCAAGCUUGGGCUUCAGCGAUAUCACACUCUGCAUUGUGCACUGCGAAAUGAUGACCUACCUCUACUGGCCGAGCAAGUCUUUCGACGAGAGGGUCGGUGCGAUGUCCUCGGAGCAGAAGAAAGGUCGAUUGCACGACUUAGAGGCCUAUCUGGAGACCAAGUAUCUACAGCGGCUGGACCUGGACAGCCCGAUACAGUGGAUCACGGCGGUUAUUGCCCGGCUGACGCUGUCGAAAGCAUGGUUGGUGACGCGCCUCACCGCUGCACCCGCGGAACCCACCGCCACCAACGAUGAGAUCUUCCGCAUGGCAGUCGAGACGGUCAAAUUCGCCAACCUGCUUCACAGGGACGUGCGCAUCUCGCAGUGGGCGUGGCUCAGCAAAAGCUACAAGCACCGACACGUCGUGGCAUACCUUCUUUCCGAGCUGUGCAAUCGCCCCAUCUCGCCC